CAAAACCCUAACCCUUUUGUUGCCACGCUUACACACAUUUCUCUCUCUCCCUCCCUCUCCUAUCACCAAAUAAAAGAGACAGAGGGCUGAAGUACUAGGGUUUUAGCCAAUCCCUCCCUCCCUCCAAAAAACAGAAAACGGGUUAGGUUAGCGUUAAAAACAAAAUGGUUGCAGACAAGGGGAAGAAGAUGAAGGUAGCAUCAGCAACAGAGAAAGGAGAAGAGGAAAACAAUCAAAUUGAUGAAGCACUUGUUCUCUCUAUCGAGAAGCUUCAAGAGAUCCAAGAAGAUCUCGAAAAGAUCAAUGAAGAGGCAAGUGAUAAGGUCUUGGAAGUAGAGCAGAAGUACAAUGAAAUACGCAAGCCAGUUUAUGAUAAGCGAAAUGAGAUCAUCAAAUCAAUUCCUGACUUCUGGUUAACUGCUUUUCUAAGUCAUCCUGCUCUUAAUGCUAUUUUAAGUGAGGAGGAUCAAAAGAUAUUCAAAUAUUUAAGCUCCCUGGAGGUGGAGGACUUUAAAGAUGUGAAAUCGGGUUAUUCUAUAACGUUUAACUUUGAACCCAACCCUUAUUUUGAGGAUACAAAGCUUACAAAGAGUUUCACAUUCCUUGAUGAAGGAACAACAGAAAUUACUGCAACACCAAUUAAAUGGAAACAAGGCAUGGGCAUAGCUAAUGGAGUUACUCAUGAAAAGAAAGGGAACAAGAGACCUUUGAUUGAGGAAAGCUUCUUCUCCUGGUUUUGUAGUACCGAGCAAAAAGAGAUGAUUGAGGACAUACAGGAUGAAAUUGCAGAGAUCAUCAAGGAAGAAAUAUGGCCCAAUCCACUCUCUUAUUUUAAUAAUGAGGAUCCUGAUGAAGAGGACUUUGAGGGCGAUGAAGAAGGGGAUAAGGAGGGUGAUGACUCUGAAGAGGAUGAGGACGAGCAAGAUGACGACGAAGAUGAAGAAGAAGAAGAUGGUGAUGCAGACAAUUGAGUACUCCUUUAAUGUCUGUUUAUUUGUGUCAGAUAUUCUCUUUUUUGGUAAUAGCUUGUGUAAAGUGGUCUCUUAAGGGUUUUUGAGUAUCAGCAGGUGAUAGGGAGAAGAACCAAUCUUAACCUCUUAUGAUAGCUUUCUCUGCCGUGUAGGUAACUGACUGGUAUUAUAUGUCCAGUCCAUGGUUUUCUGACUUGUUUUCUUAUCCAGUCAAGGCCUUUUUUUUGUUCUUC